AUGAGUCCAGUCAGUGGCGGCAUUGUUGCACAACCUAUAGUCUCCCCACCGUCUUUCAACUCUGCCGCUGUGGAAUUUGGUCGUCCCGCGAAACGGCCCCCACCACCACUCCUCUCCCCCCAUUCUUCUUCAUUAUCGUCUUCUGCCACAACUGUCAACGUCCAUGCUCGCUACGGUACUCUGUUGUCUUGUUUUUUGGUGCAGGAGUUGCGAGAGUGUGUGCUUCGCGGGACUUAUCGCGUACCCUUCUACAUGUCCCACGAAUGCGAAAUGCUGCUGCGUAAGAUGCUUGUUCUCAAUCCUUCCAAACGGUACAGCCUUACGGAAAUCAUGAAGGACAAGUGGCUGAAUACUACUUUUGAGGAAAGCAUUCUUCACCCACAUAAGGAGGAGCUGCCCGAUUACUCUGACCCCGAGAGAAUUCAGUUCAUGAUGCAACUGGGCUUCUCCCGUACUGACAUUCACGACUCCCUGACCAAACAACUCUUCAACAAUAUCACCGCCACCUACAUCCUGCUGGGACACAGAAGAGCGAAAACGGGCAGCCUGGGUUUGCCGCCCGGAGCACAAAGCCUCCGCAGUCUCUCAACGGACUCCACCACCACUGCGGGUUAUCUGGCUGGC